AUGUUUGGGAUUGAACAUGGACUUGGAGCCAAGCCCACUGGCACUGCAGCGGGUUUCAUGACACGAAACACAGCAAAGCAGAACGAGCACUGCCUGAAGAACUUUGACCUGACCAAGUACCUCCAGGUCCUCAGCCACCUCUCCAUCCAGAUCUACCAGCAGCUCAUCAAGAUAGCAGAGGCCAUCCUCCAACCCAUGAUUGUGUCUGCAGUGCUGGAAAAUGAGAGUAUCCAAGGACUUUCAGGUGUCAAACCCAUGGGCUACAGGAAUCGUUCCUCCAGCAUGGCAAAUGGGGACAGCUCCUACACCUUGGACUCGAUCAUUCGCCAGCUCAACACCUUCCACAGCAUCAUGAGUGACCAUGGGCUGGACCCAGAGAUUGUGCAGCAGGUCUUCAAGCAGCUCUUCUACAUGAUCAAUGCUGUGGCUCUCAAUAAUCUUUUGCUGAGGAAGGAUGUCUGCUCCUGGAGCACGGGAAUGCAGAUGAGGUUUAACAUCAGCCAGCUGGAGGAAUGGCUGCGUGGCAAGAACCUGCAGCAGAGUGGAGCAGCACAAACCUUGGAGCCCUUGAUUCAGGCUGCUCAGCUUCUGCAGCUGAAAAAGAAAACCUCAGAAGAUGCUGAGGCCAUCUGCUCCUUGUGCACCUCCCUGACAACACAGCAGAUUGUGAAGAUACUGAACCUCUACACUCCUGUGAAUGAGUUUGAAGAACGUGUGACAGUCGCUUUCAUCCGAGACAUCCAGAUACACUUGCAAGAACGAAAUGACCCUCCACAGCUGCUCUUAGACUUCAAGCACAUGUUCCCUGUGAUGUUUCCCUUCAACCCAUCCUCCAUAACCAUGGACUUGAUUCACCUCCCUGCUUCUCUCAACUUGGAGUUUCUCAAUAGAGUCUGAAGGAAGUCCAGUGAAGCCCACCCACCCAGAAACCUCCAGCAAAGAAAGAAAAAUGGUGAAAGGAAAUAAAUCUGGACCAAAGAGGUUUCUGGAAGAAACAAUACACCUAAAUAAAUGGAUGCUAAACUUUGCAGUUAAAAAAGAGACUGAUCUGUAUGUGAUUCUGGGGUUUUUGGGGGUAAUUUGCAGCUCAGAAAUAAGGAUACUUGAAAUGUA